UUCAGUAAAGCACACAAAUGUAAUGUAAUCUGCCUCAGUAAAUGUGUAUUAUGUAAUUCGUUAAGUUGUAUUCAGAUAGGUAUAUAAUUUUGUGGGCAUGUGAUGACUACAACUCAAUGUGUACUGAUGCUGGUCAAAACCAAGGGGUUAAACUUUUCAGAUUAUAUCUGGUAGCAAUUGUUAAGUGGUUCCCCCCAAAUAUCUUCACCCUGAGGAUUUUUAGUUGGAUUCUAGGUAAUCAAUCUUUUAGCGAAUGAUAAGUUAAUAUGUGGUUGUAGAAAUAUCACAUUUUCAAACUCUGUAAUUUUGUCUGCAGCCGAGUCUGCAGAUGAAUGGAGGGGUUCAACUAUUCCAGAGUAUCUGAAUUCGUGUUACUUGGACUUACUGAUUCACCUGAACUCCAGAUACUCUUCUUUGUGUUUUCUGUCUUCUAUUUAAUGACCACGUUGGGCAACUGCCUGAUUUUGCUCACUGUCCUAUCCACCUCACACCUUCACUCUCCCAUGUACUUCCUGCUCAGCAACCUGUCUCUCAUUGACAUGUGCCUGUCCUCCUUUGCCACACCAAAGAUGAUUAUGGACUUUUUUGCUCAGCGUAAGACCAUCUCUUUCGAAGGCUGCAUUUCUCAGAUCUUUUUUUUGCACCUCUUCACCGGGACUGAGAUUGUGCUGCUGAUCUCCAUGUCUUUUGACAGGUAUAUUGCCAUAUGUAAACCUCUCCAUUAUUCGACAAUUAUGAGCCGAAGAGUGUGUGUUGAGCUUGUGCUAGUUUCUUGGACAGUGGGCUUUCUGCAUACAAUGAGCCAAUUAGCUUUUACCCUCUAUUUGCCCUUCUGUGGUCCCAACGUUGUAGACAGUUUUUUCUGUGAUCUUCCUUUGGUCAUCCAGCUAGCUUGUAUAGAUAUUUAUGUUCUUGGGAUCUUCAUGAUUUCAACCAGUGGUGUGAUUGCUCUUAUAAGUUUUCUGCUUUUGCUCACCUCCUACAUCAUUGUUCUUAUUACUGUCAGGGACUACUCGUCCACAGGAUCCGCCAAAGCUCUUUCUACUUGUACAGCACAUUUUAUUGUUGUGUUAAUGUUCUUUGGGCCCUGUAUUUUCAUUUAUGUGUGGCCUUCCACAAACUUCCUGGUAGACAAAAUUCUCUCUGUUUUCUAUACCAUCUUCACUCCCUUUCUGAAUCCACUUAUCUAUACUUUGAGAAACCAGGAAGUGAAGACAGCGAUGAAGAAGAAACUGAAUACCCAAUAUUUCAGUCUUGGGAAAACUGUUCCAUGAUACUACGUACAGUGAAUAGAGAUCUCCUUUGUGAGAUAUAUUAACAGUUAUGUUCUUGGAGCAAUCAAAAAAUUAAAGUUAGAAUUUACCUUUCAAAUUAUUUAGUUUAAAUUUAUGAAAAGAAGUCAGGGAUAAGAAAUGUGUGACAUCUUGAUGAAAAGUUAGCGCAGUGUUUACAAGGCUUUUGAGUUAUAGGUCUACUUGAUAAUCUGGUGAAAUGUAAAGGUUAUCUUCGUAGAAAAAUGAACAUAUCAUCAAAAUUUUGUGAAUAUAAAUUCAGGACUUCAUAGACCUCUGGAUCCUACAAACAUACCUCAGAUUAAGACAACUUAGAGAAGCAUGAGAUAAAAUAUGAUUCUCCUGUUUUCUAAUCCAGAACAUUCAUAUUCUGCACAGCCUUGUGGUACUCUGAUGGUGUUUAGAUUAAUUUAGAACUAUAAUUAGCAGUGUAGGACAAAACAGGUUUUUUUAAAAAAAUAACACUGGGAAUAGUUUUAUGGGAAAAUUUAUACUGUGAAGAGAUUCUUUUAGGUAAUGUUCAACAAUCUCGAUUUAAGGGGUUCAGUUAUUUGAGUUCUGUGUCAACUUUGAAAAUAAGAGAACAGUUCGAAGAAUCAGAAAUUUAGCAAUACAGUUUCUUAACAGGUGUUUGUAUCACUAUCACACUUCAUAAUUAAUAUAGCAAAUAAUCAAAUAAUAAUUUGUAAAGUUUAAAUCAUAGCAAACUACCCAAAUCUGACUGGUUUUCAAAACCUGGCUGAAAAUUAUAGAUAUGAUGAAUUUAUUUACAAUGUUUGGGGAAAAUAUUAGCUAUUAAAUUAAUGAUAACUUUUUCAUUUCCAAAAUAAAAUUUUGCAGCAUAUUAUUAGUCUUAGAAGAAGCUUUGUGUCUAAUUUUCAACAUAAUAUAACCUGUGGAAAG